UCGAGCAGCAGCAGCCUUCGGAUUGUUAUUAAAAAACUGAAAUUCAGCACUGCACUUGCAAUUGUGUGAAUAAUGUAAUUUUUUAACGUUAUUAACACGCAAUUUGGACAAAUAACAAAGCCGUAUCAGCAGAGGUAGAAAUAGCAAGACUUUUUAAAUUGUCAGCGGGUGUGUUGGGGACUAUGGACAAUGUAGAACGAGCUGCAGAAAAAACAACAGCAACAACACCAACAGCAAUAACAGCAGCAACAACAAUAACCCAAAUAAUCACAUCGACACGCAGCUCUGAAUCGCAACUAUCUACCCCGGGCCCAUUAUUAAACAAUUCGACGUUUUGGAAAAACAGCGGACGUGCCGUUCCUGGACGUCCCAGUCCGAAACGUGAUUUGCAGGGCAAAUCUGGAGUGGGAAUUGCCGUAAUUGUGCAUGGUACAGAGACAGGGGCAGGAACAGGGACAGGUGCCAACAUUGCGGGCAGCGUUGGUGGUGGUAACAAUAUGGUAUCCACCUUUCGCGACUACCAACAAUCAGUGAGCGAUGCUUGGGAUACGGGCGAUGAUGAAUUCUGCAUUUUAAACAACGCGGAAGCGGCCGCAGCCGGGGGCGAUGCCGCACGCAUUUCUCGUCAAGUGUCACAAACGGUUGCUCUAAAUGUGAUUGAAACGCAUUCGCGUAACAAUCAAAACUAUGCCAAUACGCAGAGCCCCAUAGUGCCGGCAAAUAGUGUUAAUGGCAGUGCCGCAGAUCUGACGCCCGGUAGUAGCAAUAAUAGUAGCAGCGGUACUGCAGAAGAGAAUAAGGAAGAGUUACGCAAAUCAGCGCACGAUAGCAACGAGAACAGAGCACGACUGCGCAACUAUCCUGGACGGCCGCAGCUGCAGAAGAUUAGCUCCAAUUCACAGGAUGGCGAAUAUGAAACGAAAAUUGAAAAAUUCCAGCUGUUGCUCGAUUCACCGCAAUUGGAUCUAGUAGCUCUAAAAAAGAUUAGUUGGUCGGGCGUGCCGCGCAAGAUGCGCGCUGUAAGUUGGCGCCUGCUCUCGAAAUAUUUACCACCCUCGGGCGAACGUCGCAAUGCUGUGCUAGAGAGUAAACGGCAAGGCUAUCAGGAUCUAAGGCACAACUAUUUCAAGGUGGACAGUCAGGAUGAGACGCAACAAGAUACCUAUCGUCAGAUACAUAUCGAUGUGCCACGCAUGAAUCCACAAAUACCGCUCUUCCAACAGAAACUCGUCCAGGAAAUGUUCGAACGUGUACUCUUCAUUUGGGCCAUACGUCAUCCCGCCUCAGGCUAUGUCCAGGGUAUAAAUGAUUUGGUUACCCCAUUCUUUAUCGUUUUUCUGCAAGAGGCACUGACGCCAGACACCGAUCUGGAAAAAUAUGAUAUGUCCACAUUGUCGGAGGAGACGCGCAACGCCAUCGAAGCUGAUUCAUUUUGGUGUCUAUCGAAAUUUUUAGAUUGCAUACAGGAUAACUAUAUAUUUGCACAGCUGGGAAUUCAGGAGAAGGUAAAUCAACUCAAGGAUCUAAUACAACGUAUUGACGUAAAUCUGCAUCGUCAUCUACAAACACAUGGUGUCGAUUAUUUGCAAUUCUCAUUUCGUUGGAUGAACAAUUUGCUGACACGCGAACUGCCCUUACACUGCACCAUUCGACUGUGGGACACCUAUUUAGCUGAAUCGGAUGGAUUUGCUUUAUUCCAUUUAUAUGUGUGUGCGGCCUUUUUGUUGCACUGGAAAGAUCAGCUAAUGCAACAGAAUGAUUUUCAGGGUCUCAUGUUGCUGCUACAGAAUCUGCCAACCCAUAAUUGGUCCGAUCGCCAAAUUAAUGUGCUGCUCGCUGAAGCGUUUCGCUUAAAGUUUACGUAUGCGGACGCGCCGAAGCAUCUGGAGACGAAGAGUUGACAAAAGCAACAACAACAAUAUAUAUACGUAACAUAGAAAUUAGUUUAUUACACAUUGCAAAAUAACAUACACAUACAUACUUUAUAUAUAUUAUAUAUACAGUUUGUUAUUUAAAUGUA